AUGUCCGCUAAGUUGCUGGAACGAAACCUACUACACCGAGCAAGCGGUCUACGACUUGCCUUCAAAACUGGAUCCGCAAGAGCCACUCGUUUCAAUUCUACUACUUCCCCCACGAAUCAGCUAAACUGGCAAGAAUUUCUUAAGCUUAGAGGUAGCCGGAGAAAAUGGCAAGCUGUCACUACAAUCCCUGCCUCGGUACUAGGCUUUCUCGGUGGUGUGGCAUACUUUGGGAACCUCGAGACAGACCCUACGAAGUUGAUAAUGGGAGUUGACCCAUUCAUGUUCUACGGCUUUUGUACAGUGGGAUGUGUGGGUGCUGGUGCUCUGAUAGGGCCUACAAUUGGGUCGGCUAUCUGGAGAUUCUCGAACAGGAAUUCAAUCGCGUUAAUUGAUGUGCGUGAGCGCGAAUUUCUCCAACAUAUUGCCAAAAAGCGCGUGGAUCCCACACUGCAGAGUCCGACGAAUCCCAUUCCCGACUACUACGGAGAAAAAAUUGGGUCGCUACACCAAUAUCGACAGUGGCUACGGGAUCAAGGCAAAUACAGGCGGAAACACGUUUUACCUGAGAACUAA